AUGCAUAUUUUAAAAUUGACGCGUACAAUCGUUAUAAUCACUGGAUGUUUUCGACCACUUUCGUGGACAUCCUUGUUUAAACGGACAAUUUAUAAUAUCUAUAGAUUAUAUGUAAUUAGUAUGUUAUACACAUCCUCAAUGUCACAAUUUAUGGAUAUUAUUCUGAAUGUUGAUAAUCCUGAUGAUUUUACUGAUAAUUUAAAUAUGAUGUUGACUAUGUCUGCUUCAUGCUACAAGAUGUUUAUUGUAUGGCUAAACUAUGAAAACAUUGUGGCGUUAAUUAACUGUCUUAUCGAAGAACCAUUUAAGCCAUUAGAUUUGAGUGAAAUGAAAAUUCGGCGGCAAUAUGAUAAAAUAAUACGGAACAACACGUUACGUUAUAUGACUUUGGUUGGAAUAUCAUGUUCACUCAAUGCUGUGGUAUCGUUUUUAACUGACUUCAAAAACAGAAGAUUAACAUACAGAGAAUGGGUGCCAUAUAAUUAUUCGUCUUACAUGACUUAUUGUUUAACUUACGCUCAACAAAUGAUAACCACAUUUCACAGCGCUAGUGUAAAUGUCGCUUGCGAUACUCUUCUGUGUGGACUCAUAAUGCAUAUAUGUUGCCAGAUCGAAAUUUUGGAAUAUCGUCUAAAGAAAAUCCUAAAUAAUCAGCUUACUUUGGAUUAUUGCGUACGCCAUCACAAUCGGAUUUUUGAGUAUACGCGAAUGGUUAAUAUAAGAUUUACAAAAAUAAUCGGAUUUCAAUUUAUGGCAAGUACAAUGAUAAUUUGCUCCAAUUUGUAUCAACUGACUAAAUCGGCUUUGAGCGUAAAUCAUAUUCCAUUAAUUAUAUAUACAAGUUGUAUGUUGACGCAAAUAUUUAUUUAUUGUUGGUUUGGAAACAAAGUCAGAUCAAAGAGUCUUCAACUAAUGGACAAUAUUUUUCAAAUGGAAUGGACAGCUUUGAAUAAUGCUGUUAAAAAAAGUCUCAUUAUAAUUAUGAAACGUGCAAUGAUACCAAUUGAAAUUUCUACUAUAUAUAUCUUAACGAUAAAUUUGGACUCUUUUGUAGCAUUGCUCAAAAUGUCAUAUUCUGUUUAUAAUUUAUUGCGGGUACAGUAA